CUCUGGCUGAUGGGCUUCUGCUGUUGCUGCGACCGCAGCAACCAGGUCCACUCGGCAGGCGGCUUGGAGAGGCAGCGUUCGUGCACGGACACUGGUUGGUUGCUCGUCUUCGCCGCCUACAGUGCAGGUAUGGGUGUGCUGCUAAGCUGGGCAGUGCGCAAAGGUGGCGACCCACUGCGGCUGCUCUACGGCGUGGACAGCCAGGGCAAUGUGUGCGACCGCGGCUACCAGCAGCCGCUGCCGGGUGUGCCGGGGUCCGGCCAGAACACUACGGGACUCACGCUCCUGGUUCUGGAGGAUGCGAUGGGCCGCAAGCGACACUGCGCUGCCAGCUGCCCGCCAGGAUACAGGCAAACCGUGUUCCGAAGGUGCGUGCUGGACUCGGGUCCCGUGGGGUUCGUGCACCGGACACUCAACGUCAGCGGCGUGCUCAUUCAGGAGGUUCUUCAAGACCUGGCCACCUGCCGACAGGAGCUGGGCUACAUGGGCCUCGUGGCGAUAGGGCUCAGCGUGGCGGCAUUGCUUCUUCUGCGCUACUGCGUGGCACUGCUCGUGUGGCUCCUCCUUGCGGUGGUGUCCCUGGGAUGCGUCGGAGGGACGUGCUAUCUCUGGUUCACGUGGAACGCCCGGCGACGCAACGCUCAACCGAACGUGGGGGCCUGGCUUGUAGCCGCCGUAGCUGGAACCACGGCCAUGGUGCUGCUGAUGCUCACUGUGCUAGUGCUACGCAAGCGGAUACAGCUGGUGACGGCUCUGUUUGGAGAGGCCGGAAAGGCGCUGACCGCCAUGCCUGGUCUCCUACUGCAGCCAGCCUGGACGCUGUGCUUUUGCGCGGUCACUUGGGUGGCUGGAGCAGUGGCGAUGCUCGUUCUGCUGACGGCGGGUGACGCGGCAGUCGCCAAGGACGGCGCUGACGUGACGGUGCUGCUGAGACAGGACUCGCUGCUUCGCCUCGGGCCCUGGUACCUCGUUCUGGCCCUGUGUUGGCUGCUCCAAGUGGCCGUCAGUUGCCAGGAGGUCGUGGUGGCAGGCGCCGCGGCAGACUGGUACUUCUACAGGGGUACCGGGUGGUCGGCGCAGUGCGCGAGCCUGUGGCGACUGGUGCGCUACCACUUGGGCUCCGUGCUGUUGGGCUCGCUGCUCGUCGCCAUUGCCCGAGUGCUGAAGCUCGCCUGCAGGUUCGCCAGCCGUCAGUGCCGCAAGCCCGGAAAAAAAGCCGCCUGCUGUCUUUGCUCGUGCUGCUGCUGCAGCAUAGCGGCGCUCAGGUUCCUCAACAGAAACGCCUUCAUCAUGCUCGCUGCCCGCGGCUACAGCCUGUGCCGGGCAGCGAGCGAGGCCUGGCAGCUGCUAUCGCGCAACGCCCUGCGCGUAGCGACCGUCAACUGCGUCGGCGACUUCGUGCUGCUGUUGGCCAAGGCGGCCGUGGUCGUCGGCACCACGCUCACGGGACACAGGCUCACCGAGGACAAAGUGGGCCAGCUGCUGUGGGGCCAGUGGGCUCCCCUGACUGCAGGAGCCCUGUUCUCCUUCCUGGUGGCGCACUGUUUCCUCUCGGUGUACGAGAUGACGCUGGACACGCUGUUCCUCUGCUUCUGCCACCAGUGCGAGGAGAUCGGCCGCGGGGGCGUCGCCACCAUCGCCGUACCCGACGCACUCGCCGCCUUCGUGGAGAAGAGCGGCAGCGUGGCGCCGCCUGCCGCUCGCCAGUGAGCCACCUUCUCACGAUGCAUUUUAGAUUGAUGGAAGCGAAAGGCAUUUUAACAUGCAGGGAAAGACGUUCGUGAGAACUGCCGGCCGUCAAGUUUCGCUCCCUAAUGUAUUAGGUGUAGCAUAAUUGAACGAUAAGUGCACCUUGAGAUGGACCAACGUUGUAUCACACCUCGCGCAGGUGCAACGAGGAAGCCCAUGUAGCCAAGGAAAUAGUUUUGAGUGCGGAGCAGUGGGAGGCAUGAUUCGCGAGCUCGGACCCGGAGGCGCAGCUUCCGAGUCCAGCUUUGCCAUGUAAGGCCCUGACUUGGUGCCCCAAACGUACAUAUCGGCUUAACCGUUUUGAUAGAGUUAUUGCUACCUUGAGAUUGCGAGCCCCGAACAGGAUUCACGGCUCGAGGCGAUCCGUCUAAAAUGGCAUUUACCCUUCGUCGUUUAAAAGGGAGUGCGAACCAGUGCACCGGCUCAACGUCACUAUUGCUCAACGGAAGAAAAAACGCAUUUCUUGCGCAAUAAAAUUGUGACAUUG